AAGGAAUCGACAAUGUCCCGACUCGUCUUUGCCUUUCUCGUGAUUAUGGCUAUCUUCUCUAGUAAGUAGCGUUCGUUAAAAAUUAGCGUAACAUUUCGCGCAUAUAACUUGGUGUUAUUGACGCUUUAACGAUGGAAUUUUAUUUUGGAAAUGUGUAUAUGCGUGUGCAAUGAAACACACGAGGGUACUCGUCAAACGCAAUUAUUGUAAAUUUGGAUUGAAUUCGCAAAAACUGCGUAACAAAACUGCAAAUACAGCGAGAUAUUUUAUUUUAUUUUUUUUUUUUUUACGCACGUGAUGAGUAGAGUUUUAAUUAUUCAUGGGAGGUACAGUCGUCAAACAUCGUUAGAGAGAGUCAGGAAUGAAAAUAAUAAUGAUAAUAAAAAAUAGAUAAUAAAUAAUAAAUAGUAAAUUUUUUUCGACAGUUGAAAAGAAUUUAUUUUAUUUCGUUUUUGAACGAAGACAUGUUGAUUUGACUUUUUCUUCACGAAGAACUUAAGAGUGUGAACACAAAAAUAUUUAGAUAGAUAUUUAACUGUUUAAUUUACUUUGAUAUCGAGUCGAUCGAAAAUAAAAGUAGGGAAUAACGCGAUGAUUUUCUGUUGUUGAAGCUUCAUUUGGUCAACAAUGCGGACUGAACGAGGAGUUUAAAUCCUGCGGAACGGCGUGCGAGCCCAGCUGUGCCAAACCACGUGCAGAUUUUUGCACCAUGAAUUGCGUAGUCGGUUGUCAGUGUAAAUCAGGAUACCUGAGAAACGGCAAAGGAACCUGCGUCACUCCAGAAAACUGUUAACCUUCUCGCACAAUCGACGAAACACUUAUUCUUAUCGUUUUACUUAUUCUACCCCUUUUCCCGCUCUCCCUCUUGUAUAUGUGUAUUUGGGAUACUUCGUAGUAAUAAUGUCUGUUCAUAGAUUAAUGUUGGUCGCAAGCUUGUACAAAUAAAAACCAGUGACAGUAAUAAAUUGGUGUUUGAAAAUUCUCAGUGCACAUCGAUUCGUUAUCCCUUCGUCGACACCGCAUGAAAUAUAUACAAAUUCGCGAGACAAAGAGAUUAUCAAAUGAAAAUUACGUCGUUGCCAACGUCACAUUAUCGCGUGCUCGGGACAAGAUUAAUAUUACACAUCGGCAAGCAUCGGUUGACACCUUCCGAAAAAUGAGCGCGUAGUGUAAUCUCAGUAAAUGUCACGUUAAAUUUGCGUUUAUUCUCAUUAUCCACUCGGAAUGAUCACAUGGAACAACAAACGAAAAAAAUAAAGAAACAGAUAUUUAUGCACA